AUGGAAGUGACACGGGAGAAAGAGGCAGACCUGGAAAAGCGCCAGACACAGCGGACAGUUUUUCUCUGCAAGGUGAUUGGACCGCGAGGAACGGGCAAGACAGCCUUUCUCCAGGCCUUUGUGGGCCGCAACAUUGCGACUAAGGGAAAUUCCAGCAGUGCCUUCUCCCCAUAUGUCAUAAAUACUGUCCAAGUCAGCAACCAGGAGAAGUACCUUAUCCUCAAUGAGGUAGAUGUGGAGACAGGGUUCCUGAAGGCAUCAGAUGCCUUCUGUGAUGUAGCUUGUCUCAUGUAUGACAGCAGUGACCCGCAUUCCUUCGACUAUUGUGCCAGCAUAUACAAGCAACACUACAUGGAGAGCAACAUCCCAUGUGUGCUGGUUGCUUCCAAGGUGGACCUUUCUGAAGUCAAGCAGUUCCACGGGAUGGCUCCAGCAGAGUUCUGUUAUAAACACAGGCUGCCUCCACCGCUGCCCUUCUCCAGCCUGUUACUCGACUCCACCAGCAAGAACAUCUACACCAGGCUUGCCUGCGCAGCAAUGUACCCACACCUGAAUGGUUCAGACAUGAGCAACACAUCAUUCUGGCUGAGAGUGGCGUUGGGCUCGGCUGUGGUUGCAGUUCUGGGUUUCGCUAUCUACAGAGCCGUGGCCAGACUGAAAUGACCAACAGCGAGUUGGGUGAUUGUGUUUUUUUGUCGACCUGAAGCUCCAUCCAUCAAGACCAAACCACUGAGGCCAGAUCCAGAACCAUUGCAGUCUAAACUUGACGAAGCCCUUAUCAUCACCAUCAUCAUCAUCAUCAUACUUUUUACCCUAAAGACUCUAAGGAAACUUUCCAUAUCUUUGCCAUUCUCACUGUCUGACCUCUUCACUUUGAAGUCAGCUCAUCACAACAGUCCAGAGGCAAUUGGAAGCUGAUGAUGAUCGCGUUGUUCCCUGUGCUGCCGUUGCCCAGCUUUUUGCUGCCUUAUCUAACCAGGCUAAGUAGGGGUUAGCCUGUCUGCGCUUGAUGCACAAAGAACUGCUACUGUUAGUGUCCAAAAAAAGGUGCUUUAUCAUGGGGAAGAAAUGCAGGAAGAUAACAGUGCUUUCCCCUCAAUCAUCUGAUGAGUGUUAAUAGUGAGAGUUUUUAUAUACAUGCAGUGUUUCCCAAGCAUAAUAGAAAAAUGCCAAAAUGAGCAGACUAAAGAACCAAAGGGGAGCACAUGACGCAUUUUUAACAAACGAUUGGCUUUCACGGAAAAUCCCAAGUGAACAUUUCUCCUUUUGACCAAGAGACGACAGAAGAUGGUCCUAUCCGAUUUGCCAAAUAACUCCAGCAGCAAUGAAUAAUAGUAGCAUGUUGCCUGCCCCUUAGGCAUACCGUUUUGCCUGAGAAUACAUUAUAUUUAGCUUGAAUCUUAUUGUUAAAAUAUUUUUAGCAGUAAGGCAUCCACUGAAAUGCUGUAGCAGGGAGAGAUUUCUCUUUGUGCAUGAAAAAGAUUGCUUUAUGUGGAAGACGGCGGUUUGCAUUUGCAAGAAAGCAAAAAAAAAAAGAACGUCUUCUUCUCUAAUACGAAGCCAGGUUAAACGUGAAGAUUAUAAAAUGCAAGAGAAAAUGUGGUCAGAUUGAUCUCUGCUUUUGCUCGAUUAGCCUCUCUUCUGUUCACAUUGAAAUGGAAUUAAUUUUAAUUGAGACUGAAAUAGAUUAGUAAUUUGUGAUUUCUCGAUUCCCAUGCACCGGCCACUGUGCAUACAGUUUGACUGUGUUACAUAAUCUGCCAUUGUAUCGUUUUCCCAACAUGAGUCGGUCAUGACGGUGUCUGUUUUGUGGAUUAAUUCAGGCGAGGGCCUGCUCUUUCUGCAGGACACAUUUCUGUGACUUUUAAAAUGCUGUUUUCUUACUGAAAGUGAACUGAUUUAGAUGCUUAAUAAAAGACCAGACCACACUGGGUUGGGACUUUGGCCCAAAAGAUGUUA